GUUUAUCUCAUGAUGAAAUAAUAUGGUAUAACGAAAAAAGCCAAUUAAAAACGUAUCAAUCAAUUCAUAUAAAAUGGGAGAAUAAUAGUCAUAAAACAUCAAAAAAGACUCCAAAGCUACUUGAUCAACCCAUGUUCUUUCACAUUAUCCAAUACCAUCCAAUAUCCAAACACCAUAAUAAGUAACCCAAUUAAAUCUCAAUCUCUUUUGUCUAUUUUAUUCUUCUUUUCUUUCUCUCUAUUCUCCUACAAUGAUUAAUACAAACGACCACCAUAAUCAGCAUGAUCAUCAACAUCAAGAACCAAUCACCACCGACGAUAUCAAAACUCCCCUUCUUCCAAUCAAUAUCAACGGUAAUGAAGAGGUUUCCACCUCACUUAUCCUGUCCCUUGCCACACCUAAUACAUUGUUCAUCCUUUUAGGACCCUUGUUAUGUGGGGUAAUAUGCUUGUUUGUUAAGGUAGGCGAGUUAGACUCAAGUAGGAAUAUGUUGGGUGUUCUUGUGUGGAUUUUUACGUGGUGGCUAACCCAGGCGGUUCCGAUGCCGGUAACAUCCAUGUCGCCGUUGUUCCUUUUUCCGAUGUUCGGAAUAUCGUCGGCAGAUAUGGUUGCUAAGUCUUAUAUGGAUGAUGUUAUCUCUCUUGUGCUUGGUAGCUUCAUUCUUGCUCUUGCCGUUGAACAUUAUUGUAUUCAUAAGAGACUUGCCUUGAAUAUAACUCUAUUAUUUUGUGGAGACCCGGUAAAUCCACCGUUCCUCCUCCUUGGGAUUUGUGCAACGACCGCAUUCGUCAGCAUGUGGAUGCACAACGUGGCGGCUGCUGUCAUGAUGAUGCCUGUGGCCACAGGCAUCCUACAGCGUCUUCCCACGACUAGAACGGCCCAAAACGACGCCGUAGACAAGUAUUGUAGGGCAGUUGUUUUAGGGGUUAUAUACUCAGCUGCUAUUGGUGGGAUGUCAACGUUGACUGGGACAGGUGUCAAUCUGAUAUUGGUGGGGAUGUGGAAGAGUUAUUUUCCUGCAGCAAAUCCAAUAAGUUUUAAUACAUGGUUUUUCUUUGGGUUCCCAUUGGCACUCAUUAUAUUCUUCUUUUUUUGGGGUGUUCUUUGUUGCUUGUAUUGCAAAAGAGGGACAUCAAGGGCUCUUGCUAAUUAUUUGGACAAGGGUCAUCUCAAAAGAGAACUUGAAUUGUUAGGCCCUAUGUCUUUUGCUGAAAAGAUGGUGUUGUUUGUCUUUUCGGUUCUAAUAGUUCUAUGGAUGACAAGGAACUUAACAGAUGACCUUCCUGGAUGGGGAGCUCUGUUUAAGGGAAGAGCUGGUGAUGGCACUGCUAGUGUAUUGAUGGCAACUUUAUUAUUCAUAAUACCAAACAAAGGGAGAAAGGGAGAAAAACUAAUGGAUUGGAGCAAGUGCAAAAAACUACCUUGGAACAUAGUCCUCUUACUAGGAGCCGGUUUUGCCAUCGCUGAUGGCGUCCGCACAAGCGGCCUUGCAGAUGUCAUGUCAAAAGCGCUGGACUUUCUCGAGGCUGCACCAUUUUGGGGCAUCGCUCCAGCAGUGUGCCUCAUUGGUGGAAUCAUAACCGAGUUUACCUCGAACAACGCGACCACAACAUUGUUGGUCCCGUUGCUGAUCCAAAUAGCCCAAACCAUGCAUUUGCAUCCUCUAUUGCUCAUGGUUCCUGGGGCAAUUGGAGCUCAAUUUGCUUAUUUGCUUCCUACUGGGACUCCUUCUAAUAUUGUUGGGUUUUCUACUGGCCAUAUUGAAAUCAAGGAUAUGCUCAAAGUUGGCUUCCCUUUGAAGAUUUUUGGGACUAUAGCUCUUUCUAUUCUAAUGCCUACUCUUGGAGCCUACGUUUUUGGAACGGAUAAACCAAUGGAAUACCCAUUAGCUUGGCGCACUUCAUGAUUUUCAAGUGCACUCUAUAAUUUGUAAAUCCGUAUCAUAUAUUUAUACCAAACAAAAUAAAGAUAAUAACAAGAGAAAAAAAAUGGAGGACAGAUUCCUUAACUUCAUUCCAAUUCCUUGAAUUGAAGGACUUUUUUUAUUUGGAUAACAAAAGGAAGGGAAGGCAAAUAACCAUGGGCGAGUUUGGAAUUUGAAGAUGGAAGGAGAGGAAUUUGAAGAGGAUGGAUUGAAAAUAGAUUUCUAAGGGGAUAGAUGAAAUAAAGGGGAUACAAGAAAUAAAUGCCAUAUGGUAACCUGCAUUAGCCGAUUACUGAUUCCUAAGAGGUGCUACGACCAAAAAUAGUGGAAAGGUGGGAUUAUUCAUAAAUAAUCGAUAGUACGGAUUAUUCACAGCGGUUCGUCAAUAAAUUGAAUUAUUCCCGAUAAUUUUUUCUAAUUUUUUUUGUAUAUUUUUAUGGUAACUGUGUAUAUGUAGUACAUUUUUAUAUUGGAGUUUGGACUUAUAA